CAUUAUUUUCAAUACCGCCCCACUUCGUUUUAAUAUUUGUGCAUUUCGUCCUGAAAAUUUUAAACAUUAAACAAAAUCACAUACUUAAAAGGCUCACGUACAUGGGCCAUUUUAUAAGGCCCAACAACAUACAAUAAAGCCACCUUCAAUAAAAACUCCACGCGCACUUAAGAUAAAAACUCACGCGCCACACAUUCAGUGUUUGAUCAGAGCCGACGACGAUGGAGAGAAACAUCGAGAAGAUGCUAAACAGAGUCUCAACCGCAUUCAUAAUCAUCGGAACCCUAAUCAUGUUGCUAAUGAUCCUCCAAACCCCGAAAACAUGCAUCUCACCAGAAGCACCUUCAAAGCCCCACACACACUUCCCAAGAUCCACCUGCGACACCUCCCCAAGAAAACACCUCCCUCUUCACAAGAAAAACGCCCGCCUCUGGUCAUCCAACGCCUGGAAGACACGUGUCCUCUCCUUCUCCGAUUACUUCCUCCGUCUCCGCGACCUCGGGCUGAUCCACAACCACACCAAGGCCCUCUGCCUCUCGGCGGGAGCAGGACACGCGCCGAUGGCGAUGGAGCGGAUCGGGUUGGGGGAUGUUACGGGUGUGGAGUUGGUUGAUUCUGGUCCGGUUGUGAGGAAGGCUGAUCCUCAUGACUUGCCGUUUUUCGAUGGGGUGUUUGAUUUGGCUUUUGAUGGGAAUCUUGGGGAGGAUCUGUUUCCCGGGAGGGUUGUUGAGGAGAUGGAGAGGACGGUGAGGAAGGGUGGGGUUUGUGUUGUGGCGGUUGAGGAGUGUGGUGGGGAGGGUGUUAGGGAGGUUGCUGGUCUUUUUUUGAGGUCUAGGGUUGUUGAUGUUGUUAAUGUUACGUUGGAAGGGUUGAGAAAGACUAGUUUAGUAUUUAAAGUUGGAGAUUUUAAGACAUGACUCUCUGUUUUGUCUUUAUCGAUGUUUGGUUUUUGAGAGGUUGUUGUGUAUUAUAUAUUUUAUUCUUACAUGAAUGUGUUUAUCUUAUCUUUCCUUGUUUGGUUCAUUCCUGGUGGUAUAUAUGGUAGAAAGUGGACUUCGGGUUUGAUUGGUUGGAGAAGAAGCUGAAUGACUUUAGAAGGGUUGAAAAGGACUAGUAUAGUAGUUAAAGUUCAAGACUUUAAGACAUGACUCUGUUUUGUUUUAUCAAUGUUUUUUUUUUUUAUCUAUCCUUGUGUACAUGACUGUGUUUAUCUUAUCUUGUGCCUUCUACUUAAAUCUAGAGUACUUGUUUGGUUCAUUCCUGGUGGUAUGUAUGGUAGAAAGUGGAGUUCAGGUUUGAUUGGUUGGAGAAGAAGAUGAGUGACUUGACGUAGAAGGAUAACGAAAGGAAAGGAGAUGAUUCGAGGCAGAGAUUGAUUGAGGCAACAGCUCAUGUUGUUCUGUUCUGAUUGUAUCAUUUGUAAUGUUUUUUUUUUCCAAGAUCAUCUUCUUACAGGUUUUCUCAUUGUUAAAAAUGGAACACGUUCUGCAUUUGAAAUGUGGACAUUACAGGUUUUAUUGGAAUGAUGUCGUGUUAAGUAGCGUUAAACAAUCUUAGCCUGCUUGCUCUUCGGAUAGCGUAGCCUUCUUGCUCUGUAUCAGAAACUCUCAAGCUGCUGCUGCUGAUGCUGAUGCAUAUUAGAAUCUGAGUUCAGGUUCCACGUCCAUUGUCCACUUAAGUUUCUCCAUAAGAGGCUUGUUCAAUAUUUGUAUAAUGAGAUGUUAUUGAACUUUAUUACUAGACGCUGUUUCUUCUUUUUU